GGAGGGUCAUAGUUCUUAUUGAGCGAGACGUGCCUGCUCCUCUAGCACCUGUCCUUCCCAGUUCUCCAGCAUGAUGUGUCUGUGGUUCCCUGGAGGCUCCUGGAGCUGUUCCCCGACAGCUCUGACAGUGAUACUGAUGAUGCUGAGCCCUCCCCUGGCUUUGGGUAGGGACACCCGACCACGUUUCCUGGAGCAGGUUAAGUCUGAGUGUCAUUUCCACAACGGGACGGAGCGGGUGCGGUUCCUGGAGAGAUACAUCUACAACCGGGAGGAGUACGUGCGCUUCGACAGCGACGUGGGGGAGUACCGGCCGGUGACGGAGCUGGGCCGGCCGAGCGCCAAGUACUGGAACAGCCAGAAGGACCUGCUGGAGCAAAAGCGGGCCAAGGUGGACACGUACUGCAGACACAACUACGGGGUCGGCGAGAGCUUCACCGUGCGGCGGCGAGGUGAGCGCGGGGGGAGAGCGAUGGGGCCUGUGAGCGAGUGGAAGUUACGAGGCGCGGGCGAGAGCGCUGCCGGGACGGUGCGUGGCUGUCGUGGGAGGGCUGCGGGGGGCGUCGGCUGUCCGCGGUGGCCGCCGUGGGAGAGGCGAUGGCAGGGAGGCGGCGGCACCGUGACUGCCGGGGCCCUCGGAGAUGCGGGGAGAGCACAGUCUGAAUCUGCGCAGAGCAAGAUGCUGAGUGGAGUCGGGGGCUUUGUUCUGGGUCUGCUCUUCCUUGGGGUAGGGCUGUUCAUCUACUUCAGGAACCAGAAAGGACACUCUGGACUUCAGCCAACAGGACUCCUGAGCUGAAGUGAAGAUGUUGACACUCAAGGAGGAAAUUUCUGUCCCAGCUUCGCAGCAUGAAGAGGUCUCCUGCUUGGCUUAUUCUUCCACAAAGAGAGUGCUUUCUCAGGACCUUCCACAAGGAGAGUGCUUUUGCUCCUGGUUCACUGACCCUGCAGAAAAUGUCCUCCCUGAUGGCUUCUUCAGCCCUUGUGCUUGGCCUGGACGUCCCAGUGUUGACUCAGCACCUUAUGUCCAUUCUUUCCUGGUCCCCUUUGUACCCAACCCUUACUGCCUCCUGUGCAUCUGAACUCAUCUUGUGCUGAAUUACUUUAUUAAAUUUUUCUCAAAUAAACGUGGA